AGCCAAACAGUAGCGUUAUUCGGCUCUUUUUUCAGACAAUCAUAUAAAAAAUAGUAAAUAUAGAUUGUAACAAAUGGCACAAAGUCCCACAAGCGGAGCCGUUAAGGCUCUACAGCUUGAACUGAAGAAAAUUGUUAGUGAGCCCGUCGAAGGGUUUCGUGUGAAACUGGUUGACGAUGAAAAUUUGUUUGAGUGGGAAGUGGCAAUUUUUGGACCUCCUGGCACCCUUUAUGAGGGUGGAUAUUUCAAGGCUGCAAUGAAAUUCCCAUCAGAUUAUCCUUAUUCCCCACCAAGUGUCAAAUUUCUAACAAAGAUGUGGCAUCCAAAUGUAUAUGAAAACGGAGAUGUGUGUAUAUCUAUACUUCACCCACCAAUAGACGAUCCACAGAGUGGGGAGGAGCCAUCUGAAAGAUGGAAUCCAACACAAAAUGUCAGAACAAUAUUGCUCAGU